UGCUUCUACAUUGGUGCCUUGCCAGAAUCUGCCUCGUUCAUCAUGAAUGAGGUUACUAAACCUCUCUCAUUUUCCAUGCCUCCUGAAAAGAUCUGCGAACGUCUCCGAAGCAAGGAUGGUCAAAUAUGCGAACUAAAAUAUGAAAAACAGAUUGAUUGGAAAACGGUCGAUCUUUCAAAAUUAAGGGUUAAGGAACUGAAGAAAAUUUUGGAUGACUGGGGAGAACGGUGUAAAGGAUGUACUGAAAAAUCUGAAUUCGUUAGUCAGAUCAAGUCAUUAAUGCCAAAAUAUGUGAAAGCGGAACUUUAG